AUGGUGUACCAGGUGGCCAAAACGGUAGCAGAAAAAAUGCGUGAAGACAAGUACAAAGCUCACGACAAUAAGACGGAUCACCUCAAAGCGUACACAGCUACCAGGCAGACGAUGGACGAUACCUGGCAAGGUAAAGAGGCCAGAUGUGUUGAAACAGAGCAGGCGGUGAGGGACCAAGAGAGAGUAGUAAGAGGCCUCAGGAAGAUAAAAGAGGAUGCACUUGAGAUGAAAAACAAGCUCGGGGCACAAUCGGGGGAGUCCCCACCUCUCAAGCCACUGGCGCCAUCCUCAUUAAAACAGAGGGAUGAAGCAGCCGACCAAAGGAAGGUUGAGAAAAAGCAGACUCUGAACAAGAAAGAGAGGAAGGAGUACCAAAUUCCGAAGAAACCGAGCGUGAAGGAGGCUGAACUGAUGAAAAGAGUAGCCGAGAUCGUCGCGAGCUCGCCUGGUUUAGACACGCGGUCGGUAACUGCCCAAGUCAUGGCAGACAUGGGAAUCGAACAGGAAGACUCUGAGGAAAAUUCUGUCGAAGUAAAGGAAGAAGAGGUGGAGCAGAGACCCACAAGGAGAAUUAUUGGGGGGUCGGGCACUCUCGAAGUUAAUUCAGAAGAUACUCGGACGAUCUUUGGUGCUAGUUCCCCUGGCUCGGUGUCAUCUAGCCAAAGCUUUAGUAGCAGCAGGAGCAGGGGUGGCAGAGGGGGUGGAAGGGGAGGAGGCGGAAGAGGAGGAAGGGGAAGGGGAAGGUUCUCUCCGAGGGGCAAAGGAAGGGGGCAAGGACACUUUCAGAAAGGAGGAUACAGGGAAAGGAAUGAAGGAUGGAUGGGACAAGGAGGAAUGGAUGGUGGAAUGGGAGGUGGAUUGGGAGGUGGAUUUGGUGGAGGUGGGUCGGGGGAGUACCCGGUCCAGGGAUACCAAGGUGGAUACCAGGGAGGUCCGCCCCAAGGAAUGAUGUACCCUCAAGGACCAUUCCACACACCCCAAGGACAGCCGCCGCCGCACUGGCAAAAUGGCAGGUAUGUCGACAGCUAUGGCUAUGAAUAUGGCAUUCCGAUGUAUGCGGCAAAACCAGCAAACCAUAGGUACAUGGAGGCGAGAGAAAUAAACUCUGGUAGGGAACAACCUCCUAUGGUGGAAGCAACAAAACUGCCUCCUGUGGUCACUUUCACAAGGGUGGAGUCUCCGAGGGCAGUAGACGCCCCAGUGACAGCAGCGGUCACCCCAGCGGUGAUAGACGCGCCUCAAACUGUGCAGCAGAGUGUGACAGAACCAUCCUCUGUACCCAACAGCGCAGUGGAGCUAGAGAAUUCAACGGAGGCAAAAGAAGAAAGUUCUGAUGACGAAAGACUAUCAAAGGAACAAGUGACGGCAAUCAGACAAAAAUAUGCCACGUAUUCCACAGCUAAUCUGAUGAGGUUGCCGCUUCUAGCUGGCCAGCGCAUGAGUGUUGCUGAAACUGUUUCCUUGUCAUCCACUCUGGUUAAAAACGUGGAAGAAUUGAGGUUGGGGGCAGGAGAUAAUUCGAAAUCGUCAGAUUGGGUGCGAGGAUGGGACAUCGCACUUGAAAAACAUGUAUUGAAUUCCGUGUCUUCGCGCCUUCCUAACGCGCAGGGGUUAGAUCUAAAGGCGAAGAUCACCUCGUCCUUCAGCCAAACCAGGCAACAGUUGGAUAAUGGGAUGGCAGGGAGAGAAGCGCUCAACUUUUUGGUGAGGGUGCUAACCCGGACGCUUAGCAUGGCGACGCCGCAACAUGUGGUGUUUGCUUUGCAGAACUUGGAAGUGGAUGCAGGAACACCAUUUUCAGAAUAUAUGAAUACUUUAAGAGCCUUGGUGCAGAAUGCUAUGAGUGUCGGCCAUGAAAGUGCGCAAGACAAUGUGUUGCAGCUAGCAGUGCGUGACAGUGUCUGCGACCAAUAUAGUAAUAUCGCGGUGGAUGUAUUUAAGGGGAGAGACCUGAUGGCUGUACCGUAUGACAGUAUUCGGGACUUAAUGGAUGCACUAGAAGUUUUGGCAUGGAAUACGACUGAAGCUACGGCGGUGAAACGAAAUGUCAUAAGUGUGCAAACAAAAAGGGCGGGACAAGGGGGAGGGAAUGCUAGCGCAGGAACGACGUCUUAUGCGAGUGCAGCUAGCGCAGGAAGGAUGUAUGGCAAACAACCCUCUCAGGGGGCAAGAGUGAUGAAUAUUCAUGAGGAAAUGGAAGAUGAAGAAAAAGAAUUCAAAAAAGUGCAUUAUGUGGCAACACAAUGGGAAAAAGGGAAGGGUGAUGAAUCUUACAUCCCUUUCUAUACGCGGUUUGACAGCCGAAAAGAACAAGAUGAGGCAAGACAAGCCUACGGGUUAAAGUGUUUGAACUGCGGCGAUCAGUCACACUUCGUGCGAGAGUGCACACACCCUUUCAUAAACAAAUCGAACAUGCUCAACCCGGAAUUGGGCCAGGGACCGCCGCAAUUGGUCAAAGAAAGAUGGUCGAAAUGGUUAAAGCGACUAAGAGACUGGCAUGAACAGCGGAGAUGCCUCAAGAAUACCGGUGGAGACAAACAGUUGGAGGACAUGCGCCACGGAGAUGCCUCAAGAAUACCGGUGGAGACAAACAGUUGGAGGACAUGCGCCACGUAAAAAGUAUAAGCGUGUACCCACUGGAUCAAAAUGAUGAGACAUCUGACAAUACGCCUUUGGUUUAUUCCCCUAUGCCGGUUAAAAUACCCGCAGGAGAACCAGCAGAGUACUUGUCUCCCUUCACGAGUGCGAUAGGGGGGGAUGUCACAUUAGACGCGCGCCACACCACAAGAGUUCAAGUGUUCGCGGGGGUUCAAGCAACGACGAUGCACCUGUGUCAGGCACUAUUAGAUACCGGAAGUCCGGCGUCGUUCAUACAACAAAGGUGUGUGGAUUACAUGUUGGAGUGUGGGUCAGCGUCACUGGAUGGGAUUGAGAAGGGAAGAAAACGAAAAUGGGGAGGAUUCCACGGAAGGCCCUUGAUUACCACACAACAAGCGAGGUUAAACGUACAAUUGUGGAAAGGGGGAAAACACGCACCCAAGAAGAUUGGAUCACCUACUGCAUGUUUAGCUGUGCUAGCGCAUGUGGUCCCGGAUGGUGUUAUGGACGUGGACGUUUUAUUGGGACGAGAUAGUUGGUCUCAUUUUCCUGUUCGAAAAUACAGGGAUGUAACGGAUGACGAAACAAUAGUAACCUUUGAAACAAAUGAAGGAAAAGGAGCAGCAGUUGACCAACAAUUUGCAAAUUGGGUUGACAAUGCAGUGGGAAUGAUCGAGCACGAGGGAAGUGGGAGGGUGGUAGUAAGGUGUGUGGGAAAAAAAAGGUGGUUGCCAAAUAAAAUGUCAUGGGUACAAGUUGAAUUGACC